AUGGCCGCCGCCCUCCGCUACAGCCUCGUCUUUUACGCACCCCCCUCCGCCGUCGCCGCCUGCAAGGCUGCCGUCUUCAACGCCGGCGCGGGACGAUACCCCGGCCCUGGACACUACACCGAGUGCUGCUGGAUGGCCUUCGGGACGGGCCAGUUCCGCCCGGGAGGCACGGCCAACCCUCACUUCGGCACCCCCGGCGUCCUCGAGCAGACGCCCGAGGUGCGUGUCGAGACGCUCUGUCUCGGGGCCCAUGUCGCCAGGGCGGCUGUCGCCGCGCUGAAAGAAGCACAUCCGUACGAGGAGCCUGCCUACCAGGUGUACAAGGUGGAGGAGUUUUGA